AUGAUUCGCAGUUUCAGCACAACCAAAAACAAGGACAUCAUGAUGAUGAAAGCGGCAGUCCUUAUGACAUUUAUUCUCGUAUCAGAAGCUUCCACUUGCGAAAAAUUUGUCAAAUUCGGAGAUGUCUGUUAUAUGAAGUCGUGCUAUGAGCUUACAUUUGAGAGGGCAGAGAUGGCUUGCAUAGAAGACGAUGCAUUUUUAACCACUAUCGAAAACGAACAAGAGUUUCUUCGCGUUGCUGGUUUGGUGAAAGGUGACAAGAAAAUGCAGGUAUGGAUUGGUUUAGCCAAAAAAGAACGAGAAUGGCAAUGGGUAAAUGGACUUACUCUUGACAAAAAGGAAUUCACAGCCGAGCGUCUGGCUAAGUGGGAGAAAAGAGGAAAUUGUGCCUAUCUGAGAACUUCGCCAAAUGGGAGAAAAAAGCUUGGAGGAGCCAAUUGCAACCGAACCUCCUUCUAUAUAUGCAAAAGCUUAUAUUGUUCAUGAUAACUGUGAUUGUGCCAUCAGGAGAAAAAAACGGGAUGAAGAUGAAAUUAUCUACAC